ACCGCGGGGCGGCGCAGCCCCAGCAGCGUGGGCAGAGCUAUGUCUGGACAAGAUCUGCAGGACGACAAGGACACAGCGUUCACCUGGGAGGUGAAGGCCAACAAUGCUGCCUACCACCGUCAGUUCCAGGAGAAGGGCUUCCUGUGCUGGCGCAGGAGGAAGUACCAGACCAAUGGCAUCCACACGGCCAAGUACAACUUCUUCUCCUUCCUGCCUCGGAACCUGUACGAGCAGUUCCACCGCGUGUCCAACCUCUACUUCCUCUUCAUCAUCAUCCUGCAGAGCAUUCCUGAGAUCUCCACGCUGCCGUGGGUCUCUCUGUUCAUCCCACUGCUCUGUCUCCUCCUCAUCCGUGCUACCCGGGACCUGGUGGACGACAUUGGGCGACACAGGAGUGACAGAGCCAUCAACAACCGGCCCUGCCAGAUGCUCAUUGGGAAGAGUUUCAAGUGGCAGAAGUGGAAAGACCUGUGUGUCGGGGACGUGGUGUGUCUCACCAAGGACAGCAUCGUCCCGGUGAGCCGAGUCUUGCUGGCCAGCACAGAGCCCAGCAGUUUGUGCUACGUGGAGACGGCCGACAUUGAUGGGGAAACCAACUUGAAGUUCAGACAGGCGCUGGCAGUCACCCAUCAUGAGUUGAUCAGCCCAAAAACGAUGGCGGCCUUCAAUGGCACGGUGGUGUGCGAGGCACCCAACAGUCGGAUGCACCAGUUUGUGGGGAGCCUGGAGUGGAACAGCAAGAAGUACCCCCUGGACAUCGGCAACCUUCUCCUGCGCGGCUGCAAGAUCCGCAACACGGAUGCCUGUUAUGGCCUGGUCAUCUAUGCCGGCUUUGACACAAAGAUCAUGAAGAACUGUGGAAACAUCCACUUGAAGAGAACCAAGAUUGACCUCUUCAUGAACAAGCUGGUGGUCCUGAUCUUCCUGAUGCUCAUGGUGGUCUCCCUGGCGCUGACCCUGGGCUACUGCUUCAUGGCACGCAAGUUCGAGGACCAGCACUACUACCUGCCGGCCGAGCCCUCCAGAGGCCUCUUCAUGGAGUCCUUCUUGGUCUUCUGGGCCUUCCUCAUCCUGCUCAGCGUCAAGGUCCCCAUGGCCAUGUUCAUCAUAUGCGAGUUCAUCUACCUGGGGAACAGCGCUUUCAUCAACUGGGACUUGCAGAUGUACUACGCACCCCAGGACGUGCCCGCCAAGGCCCGCAGCACCAGCCUCAACGACUACCUGGGCCAGGUGCAGUACGUGUUCUCCGACAAGACCGGCACGCUCACGCAGAACGUCAUGGCCUUCAAGAAGUGCUGCAUCAGCGGCCGCGUCUACGGUCCGGAGAACGAGGAAGGGGAAUGCCCCAAGGAGAACCCUUACCUGUGGAACGAGUUUGCAGACGGGAGGCUGUCCUUCUUCAACGCCGAGCUGCUGCGCGCAGUGCGGAGCAAGCAGGACGAGGCGGUGCAGGAGUUCUGGCGCGUGCUGGCCAUCUGCCACACGGUCAUGGUCCAGGACAAGGACAACCAGCUCCUGUACGAGGCAGCUUCCCCAGACGAGGAGGCGCUGGUCACGGCAGCCCGGAACUUCGGUUACGUGUUCUUGUCGCGCACCCAGGACACCAUCACAGUGGUGGAGCUGGGGGAGGAGCGAGUCUAUGAGGUCCUGGCCCUGAUGGAUUUCAACAGCGAGCGAAAGCGCAUGUCGGUGCUGGUGCGGACGCCAGAGGGCUCCAUCUGCCUCUACACCAAAGGUGCUGACACGGUCAUCUUUGAGCGCCUGGGCAAGAGGGAUGUGAUGGAGGCAAACACAGAAAGAGUUUUAUCUGCCUUCACAGAGCAGACCCUUCGAACACUAUGCCUGGCCUACAAGGAGGUGGAGGAGUGUGCCUUCCAGGAGUGGCGGCCGAGGCAUGAGAAGGCCUCCAUGCAGCUGCGGGAUCGUAAGCAGGCACUGCAUCGGGUGUACAGUGACAUGGAGCAGGGCCUGCAGUUGCUGGGAGUCACAGCCAUCGAGGACAAGCUCCAGGACGGGGUCCCGGACACCAUCAGCAGUCUCAAGAAGGGGAACAUUAAAGUGUGGGUGCUCACGGGAGACAAGCAAGAGACGGCAGUGAACAUCGGGUUCGCGUGCCAGCUGCUGACGGACGACAUGCUCAUCCUGGAGGCGCAGGACGUAAACGUCAUCCUGGACUCUUAUGGGGAGCACAGCAAGCUGGUGCCAACCCCCAGGCGCAGCCUGAGGUUCCAGCUGCAGACUGAGGUGGCCAUGGUCAUCAGCGGGGACUUCCUGGACCAGCUGCUGCUGUCCCUGCGCAAGGAGCCCCGGGCUGUGGUCCAGAGCGAGGCGGAGGACAGCGCCAGGCGGGAGCUGAGUGCCAUCAGACGGAUCUCCAGACGGAUCUCCAUGAUGUGGUGGAGCCUGGGGACCUCGUUGUCCUCACGCCGGUCCAAGGCCAAACGGAAGCAAGAGAGCCCCGAGGCGCGACGGGAGCGGGCCUUCGUGGACCUGGCCUCCCGGUGCCAAGCAGUCAUCUGCUGCCGGGUGACACCCAAGCAGAAGGCCCUGAUUGUGGCGCUGGUCAAGAAAUACCAGCAAGCUGUCACCCUGGCCAUCGGCGAUGGUGCCAACGACGUCAACAUGAUCAAGACGGCGGACAUCGGUGUGGGGCUGGCGGGCCAGGAGGGGAUGCAGGCCGUGCAGAACAGCGACUACGCACUGGGCCAGUUUUGCUUCCUUCAGCGGCUGCUGCUGGUACACGGGCGCUGGUCCUACUUGCGGGUCUGCAAGUUCCUUCGCUACUUCUUCUACAAGACGGUGGCCAGCCUGAUGGCCCAGAUCUGGUUCGCCUACUACACUGGCUUCAGCGCCCAGUCGCUGUAUGAAGGCUGGUUCCUGGCACUUUUCAACCUGCUCUAUAGCACCUUUCCGGUCCUCUACAUGGGGCUCUUUGAGCAGGAUGUGAGCGCCAAGCAGAGCCUACAGAUGCCUGAACUGUACGCGGCUGGCCAGAAAGAUGAGCUCUUCAACUACUGGGUAUUUUUCAAAGCCGUCAUCCAGGGCAUACUCACCUCCCUGGUCAACUUCUUGCUCAUCCGUGACACAGCGGGGCCCAACAGCCUCAGUGACUACCAGUCCUUUUCGGUGGUGGUGGCCCUGUCCAGCCUGCUGACCAUCACCAUCGAGAUCAUGCUAGUUGUCAGGUAUUGGACCUUCCUGUUCCUGGGGACCUUGCUGCUCAGCCUGGGCUGCUACGCCGCCAUGACUUUUGCCACCCAGACCCUGUGGCUCUACCAGCUCUUCCCAAAGACCUUCCCAUUUCUGUAUGUCCUCCGCAACGUGCUGAGCCAGGCCCCGUCCCUGCUGGUGUUGCUGCUGAACGUGACCGUGAACACACUGACCUUCCUGGCCCUCCGCAUCUUCCACCAUGAGCUCAGGAAACUGCGCUUCAGGGAGGAGGAGGCGGAGGCGGCCCCGAGCAAGGAGGCCUCAGAGGAGACCCUGCCUCAGUUCCGCAGGGAGUCCCGCGCCCGGCGUUCCAGCUAUGCCUUCUCGCACCACGAGGGCUAUGCGAACCUCAUCACGCAGGGCACAAUCUUGCGUAGGCCACGCAGGGACAGCAGUGACAUGAACUUCGCCUCUGGGAUCUUGACCGACGAGGAAGAGGCUCUGCCUUCGAUGCCCCGGGAGCCCAGGAAGAUAUCGUUCCUGGUGAGCCGGUCCCAGCUCAGGGCCAGAGCGCGGUCCCAGGACUCACAGCUGUCUGCCCCGCAGAGCGCGGCCUCUGGUGUCGAUGGCCUGGGAAACCAGCCCGCUGUCACCAGCAGGCCGCCCGCCUGCCAGCAUGGGCCAUCCAAGCCUUCCCUGGAGAAGCCACCACUGUCCCAGCACGGCAAGCCGUCAUCCUGGUGUCAGAGUUCUGGGAGCAGGGUACAAGCCCCGGAGGAGAAGCCACCCUGCUGGACGCCCUUCUGGCAGAAGGAACCCGUGCUCCCCCAGGUGGCCGUGGGGACCUGUCCCAGCCAGACCCAGGAGUCCCUGAGCGAGCAGCCCAUGGAGACCGACUCUGGGUCUGUGGAGAGGGAGCCGUCGCCCAUGGAGUGGCUGCCAGAGUCCUUCGAGGGCAAGGUGCCACUUCCCCAGGGGGAACAGCCAUCUCCCUAUGCUGGCCAACUGACCAGUGGGAGGCCUGAACCAGAAGACAGAGGAGCUGCAGCCUUCACUAUUUCUAAUAAACCAGGAUUCACCUGA